GAGCGUGUGAAUGUGUGUGUGUGUGAGAGAGAGAGUGAGUGUGUGAGUGUGCGUGCGUGCGCGCGUGUGUGUGUGUCUGCUCUGCUGUUGCUGCCCUUUGAUCCCUGCAUUAGUGUUAGUUAGGGGCUCGGAGACACACUUGCACCGAGAGCAGCCAUAGUCAAGACACGGCAACAACAACAGCGGCACCUCCUCCGCCUGUGUUCCCAUUCCCCCCAACAAUACACUUUAAACCGAGCAAAGCCAGGUGCACGACCAAGUCCCUGCCAUCACUGGCGCCUCCAGUCUCAAUGGGAAAAACCUUUUUUCUUCUUAUCCCUAAACAAGGACGAGAAUGUGAUUAAAAACGGGGGAAAAUGCCAAGGAGGAAGCAGGAGCAACCCAAGCGCCUGCCUUCACAUGUGGACAGCAACGAGGAUGGGGGGCCUGAUGACGGUCCUGUGGAGGAGGAAGGCUGGUUUGGGAAUGCUUCUGACACACGCUCAGAGUCGUCAUCCUAUGGAGACACCCAGGAUGAGCUCCUCCUGCCCCAGGGCUCCUCUCCCGAUGAACGGCCUGGAGUCAGCACUGGGUCCGGGGACCAAGAUACCUGUGGAGGUGAGAGCUCAUUGGGUUGCCCCACACCCGUCCAUCGUGCCUCUUUGGAACUUCUUGGACUGGAUGGAGGUGCAUUCUCGGCCCAGGACACACUCUCUUCUGUAGUAUCAUCACUGUAUGGUGAGGCUGCAUCUCGUGCCCUGGGAAAACCCCUCAGCAGCAACCUACGGCGCCUCCUAGAGGCUGGGUCGCUGAAACUUGACACUGGGGAGCUCCUGGGUCGGUCAUCGAGGGGGGGUGCUGGAGGAGAGUCUCCUCCAAUAGGUCUAGCCCCACCUUUGACCCUCUCCCCGUCUUCCCACCAUGCCCAGCAGUUAAGUGCUCUUGCCCGAAAACUGGCCAAUAACAAUAACAGCGGCUCAGCCUCACCAGCCUCCUUGGCACCCUCAGUCACCAACAUUAAACAAGAGCCCCUUGACCCCUUUAACUCUGUCACCCCUAGCAACGGCAGUGGCUUCGUAUGGGCAGGUGUUGCAGAUAAGUGGCCACCGGCCAGCUGCUCCACGCCCUGCGGCUCCAGCCUGUCCCCGGACUCUGCAAUCCAGAAGUUAAAAGCAGCAGCGAAUGCUGUACUUCAAGACAAGAAUGCCGUGGCCUCCUCAACGACUUCUUCCUCCUCCUCCACCUCUGCCUCAUCUGCAGUGCCCGCCCUCGGAGGGGGUGGUCGAGGAGAUGAUGUGGUGCGCUUUGAUGCCUUCAACUCUCCGUUCAGCCCACAGUCAGCUAGCUCCACCCUCGCUGCACUUUCCAAGAAAGUCAGUGAGCGGAGCCAAGCCUCGUCAACGGCCAGUGCUGCUCCUGACCACCAAGCCUCAGCCAGUUCCUUUCUCUCACUUGUGUCAAUGACCUCCUCUGCUGCCUUGCUCAAAGAGGUGGCAGCCAGGGCAGCGGGAAACCUCCUGGCAGAGAAGAAGGAUAGUUCCUCCUUGGCGUCUGCUGGGGUCCUCCAAGAGGAUGUGAAGCCCCUGCUUGACAAGAACCAGAAGGCUUCCACACCCAAUACACCCACCCAGAGCCUGGAGUUGCUAUUGCCCUCUACCCCAAAGGGCAGAGGCAAACCCAACAGCCAAGCAGGCUCUCCCGAGGAUGGCGGCAAACCAUUCCAGUGUCCUGUGUGUGGACUGGUCAUCAAACGCAAGAGCUACUGGAAGAGACACAUGGUCAUCCACACAGGCUUGAAAAGCCACCAGUGUCCCCUGUGUCCCUUCCGUUGCGCUCGCAAAGACAAUCUUAAGUCCCACAUGAAGGUACAUCAGCACCAGGACCGAGGCGAGACAUUUCAGUGCGAACUUUGCCCCUUCACCUCCUCCCGUCACUUCAGCCUGAAACUUCACAUGCGCUGCCACCAGCACUUCCCCCGCACAGACGUCAAGGUGAAAGAGGAACUCACCACCGACACGGAGGGCGAGGGCUCCUUGAUGGGUGACAGCGGCUCCGGGGACCUGAGGGGGACGGAAGUGUCGCCGCUGCAUUCAGACACUCGGCAGCAGUCAUCGCCUCCGGUCGAGGCUUCCUCCAAUCAUGUCCACAUCAAGGAGGAGCCGCAGGAGAGAGAUUUGUCUGUGCUCUCCCCCUUUAGCAUGUGCAGGGACCGUCCCAGCAGCAGUGCCAACUCCCUGGACCUACCUGGAGUUGGGGUAGGAGUCGGGGUCAGAUCCAGUCCCAGUGGUCCAACCACAGCCUCACUCUUCAGCCCUGACAUCAGUACCAAGACAGCCACUGACCUGCUUAUGAAGCUGUCAGCGGCCAACCAGAGGGAGACACUCAAGUCUCCAUUCCACCUGAAGGAAGAGCCCAAAGUGGAGGAAGCGUUGAGCCCUAGACCAUCCUCCCAGUCCCAGAGCCAGGUCCAGCCAAGCUUUCCUGCGACUUUCUGUCAGGACGGGCCAGUGGGGGCUGCAGCAGCCACAGAGCGCCAGGGGCCAUUGAAACCCAGGGAAGGAAGCCCAAUGUCUAAGAACAGCUUGCUGAGCCAGGAUAUCAACGUUAAGGUGGCCUCUGAACUGCUGAUUAAGCUUUCAGAGAACAACAAAGAUGCCCAGUACCAGAAGGUGAAAGUAAAGGCAGAGCCCAUGGAGGUGGACCCACCCCAUGCAGAACUCACCCCACCUGCCUCUCACCUGCUGACCUUCAGCACUUUAGGGGCGAGUGAGAAGAGUGAGCCAAUGAGCAACCUCCCGGAGACGUUGUCCCGCCCCCAGAAAGACCUCUUCUCCCAGGACAUAUCGGUCAAAAUGGCCUCCGAACUACUGUUCAAGUUGUCAGAAAAAGUCAGCAAAUCCAACAACCACAAAGACAGCAACAUGGUGGGAAUAAACAGUCCAUUCCUGGACGAGUGCUUCAGACAAUCACCCUUUAACUUGCGCUCCAAGAGCUCUUCCCCCGCAGAGGCCAGCUCUUCUACCAGGGCAGCAUUUCACGACUCAGAAAAGGAUGAUGGGGAGCUGGGAAACGGGAUCGCCCAGUGGAGACUAAACGAACAGCUCUUCCCCUGUCCUGUUUGUGGCAAGGUGUUCGGUAGACAGCAGACUCUCUCUAGACAUCUGUCUCUACACACAGAAGAGAGGAAGUACAAGUGUCACCUGUGUCCUUACGCAGCCAAGUGCAGGGCUAACCUCAAUCAGCACCUGACCAUCCACUCUGUCAAGCUGGUCAACACAGACGCUGAGCAGAUCGUCAGCGCUGUUACAGCUGACUCUGCCGAGCGCAAGAACUGCCCCUACUACUACAGCUGCCAUGUGUGUGAUUUCCAGACGGAGCUGAACGCCCAGUUUGUCAGCCACAUGUCGCUCCAUGUGGACAAGGAGCAGUGGAUGUUCUCGCUCUGCUGCAGCGUCUGCGACUACGUCUGCAUGGAGGAGAACGACAUGAAGAACCACAUAAGUACUGGACACGCAGGUCUGAACUCAAGGAGUCCCCUCAGCGAGACCAAGAGCACCUCCUCGUCCCUCUCAGCCCUCAGCGAUUCACUCAACAGCUCGGAGGGCGGAGACCUCACCCACGGUAACGAAGAACUCAGGGGCCUGCUUGCCCCACCCUCCUCUGCAGGCAGCCAGUCCAGCUCUGGAAGCCACUCGGGAUCAGGAACUGAGGACAAGUCUGACAAAGGCUUCGAGUGUGUCUUCUGCAAUUUUGUGUGUAAGACGCGUAGCAUGUAUGAACGGCACCUCCAGAUCCACCUCAUCACGCGAAUGUUUGAGUGCGACGUCUGCCACAAGUUCCUUAAGACGCCUGAGCAGCUGCUGGAGCACAAGAAGUGCCACACCGUCCCCUCCGGAGGGCUCAAGUGCCCUUUCUGUAUCUACUCCACCAAUCGUCCAGCGGCCAUGGAGUGCCACCUUAAGACGCACUGUAAGAUGGAGUACCGCUGCCGCAUCUGCCAGGGACUGUGGCCCGACCAGGCCUCAUUGGAGGCCCACAUGCGCGGGCACCGCCUGGGCAACCACUACAAGUGUGAGCAGUGUGGCUACUUGUCCAAGACGGCCAAUAAGCUGAUCGAGCAUGUGCGUGUGCACACGGGUGAGCGGCCCUUCCACUGCGACCGCUGCUCUUAUAGCUGCAAGCGCAAGGACAACCUCAACCUGCACAAGAAGCUGAAGCACGCGCCGCGCCAGACUUUCGGCUGCCAAGAGUGCCCUUUCACCACCACACACCCCUUUGUCUUCAGCCGCCACCUCAAGAAACACCAGAGUGGAGGAGUGGGGGGAGGCUUAGGAGGAGAAGAAGAGGAGGACGAUGAGGAGGCAAGAGAAGAGGAGCUGCCACUCCAGGGAACGUCACCGGGGGGCUCGUUGUUGCGGAAGAGCCAGGAGAACUUCCUGUUCAGCGGGGGAGGAGGGAGCAGUGGAGGGAGCGGCAGUAACAGCCCUCUCAUGAGUCUAACGGCAUCCCAGGCGCUGCAGUCCGUUGCCCUGUCACUCACACUGGGCAAGUCCCACCAGCUGGACGCCACCAGUCCUCUGCACUGCUUGAUCAGCGCCAACGGCAACAACGCCACCAGAAACCCCGGCGGCCCGAGCAGCGGCGGCCCCUCCCUCUUCCUCCCCUCCUCCCGCCACGUGUUCGAGCAGUACAGGAACUGCGACCGGGCGCACCUGAUCCCCCUCACCACCCUGUUCACCCACAACAGCCGCUUCACAUUCCACUCGCACCUCCACUCCAGAUGGCGGCCCGCCACAUCUCCUCUCCUCUUCUCCUCCUGCAACUCGGCAUCCCCCUCCCGCUCUCCACCCUCACCCACCUCCCACAAACACUCCUUCCUGGCCUACCUGGGACUGAUGGAGAGGGCCAAGACUGUUUGACCUCGCCCACCUCCUCUCCUCCACCUCCUCUCUCUUUCCCUCACUCCUCGGACGGUGGUGUGAAUGACACUUGACCACUGCAGUGGGAGCAAACGUCUUUUCCAAUCAGACCAGCAGAAUAAGCUGGACCAGACAAACAUAUUGAAGAAAAGAAAAAAAAACAUUUAUAAGAGAAAAAGGCUGUACAUGCUAAAAAUGCAUUUAUAUCAAAAAGCUGCUUUUCUUAUCAGUUCUAUCAAUUGAAUUAUUACUACUUCAGCUACUACUCUCUAUUACCUUUUUCUUUUCCGUUUUUAAAUGUCUGAAUGACCUGGACCCAGUUGCAUUAUCUGAGGAAACUAACGUAUCUCAGUUUUAUAGAUAUUUUUCUUUAGUCGUUUGACGAGAUAAAAAGUUGAAAAAGACGAAACAAAACUUGCAAGUGCUAUAUUUUAGUGCAUUUUUGUCUCUUGCUAUUAUGCAUCAAAAUAGCAUGCCUGUUUCUGUGUUUCAACUAGCUUUGACGUCAUUAGGAAGCUAAAUUCGAGAUAUCCUGAAGUGUUAGCGGUGCAACGUGGACAGAACCAAUGAAACGGAACGCUUUUCAUUGAAAAAGGCACGUUUCCAAAGCAACGCCUCAAACCACGCACUUACUUAUUUAUCAGUCUUGUACAUAGUUUUGUAGCCCUUCCCCUUCCCAUCUUUUUGAUUUCUGUUGGUUUUUUGUAUAAUGGUGAAACCAUAUUAUGCAUGGCUGCUGCUGAUAUCGCCUCUGUCUCAGAUUAAAUGUCACUUAAAUGGGUUAGUAGCUAGGUUUUUUUUGUAAGCUCACAAAACAGAAGAUAAGCUGUGAUGAUGUAAAUAAGGAAAAUAUUGAAUUUGACCUAUCAAUUACAAGAAACGUUAUACAUUUAUUACUAAUAAUUUGAUUUGAAUAUCAAUGUAAACUGUCGCCAAUGAAUUUGCACUCACAGGUGAAUAAGCAGUGAAAUAAUGAGACUCGUGAUAAAGUGGAAACAUUCGUUCAUUAUUUCUGAGACCAAGUGGAUAUCAGUGCAGCUUCAUAUGCAGAACUAUGUAUCACGCACCUAUACUUAGAAGAGAUAUAUGAGAUAACUGUUUUGUGGAGGUGACCAGCUCUGGGUUAGCAAGCUACCCACAGCCAGGGUCACCACAGGCCGAUUCAAUGGUGCUUUUUGGAGCUUUUUGUAAUUUUUGUGUACAAAAAAAGAAAAAAAACUGUUCCAAAAUGACUUGAAUGAAUGUAUUUUUGUUUAUGUACAUGAAAAUGAAGCGAUACAGAAGUGUGAACAGGGACGUCUUCUGUGCUGGACAAGACGGGAAAGUUAGUGUGUUUGGUGGCCUUCUGUGUCUUUCUUUUGGGUUUUUUUUUUGUCUUUCAUUUUUUUUUUUUUUUUUUUUUUUACUUUUUUACUGAGCCUUUUACAUCAUAAUAAAACAUUUUCUACUAACAUUCAUAGAGAACCCAUUGUAAGGAAAAAAGCUCCUGUAGGUGCAAUGAUGAAGCAAAGCCAUUCACUUGUACAGCAUUGUGUUCAAUGGCACUGGCUUCUGUUAGGCCGGCAGACAUGGUACUGCUUUUUGCGCCCCCCCCCCUUCCCCUUCCCCUCCUCCUCCUCUUCCUCCUGUCAACCUUUUGAGUUUUAAUUGCACUUAAUGUAGUUACACUUCAAGCCAAAAGCACUUAAACCUUUUAAUUUUUCCUUUUUUUUUGUAAGUGCAAACUUAGAUCCACCAAGUUACCGCAAUGUGAAGUGGACAGUAGUUGCUGGAAAUGACUCAAUCAACACCCCUUAGUUUCACAUGUAGACAUUUCGAGCGGUGCAAAAGGGUCUGCCUCUGUGAAAUCGGAGAAAGUAAAUGAAUACAAAUUGCAUGAAUUAGACAGUAGAGGUCAAGCUCUUCCUGGGAACUAAAGGUCCCAGGCUAAAUUGUGAUGAGCCAAUUUUGCACAGUGCUGCACUUUUUGAUUAAGAGAAUAUGUAUUUAUCCGUAAAAUGCUCAAAAAGAAGUAUGUUUGUGAAAUAGGGCAGCAAGCAUUUUAUUUUGAAAAAAGCUUUACCCAUUAUUGAUAGCACUUGUGUUUGUAAGUGGUCUUCAAGCCAAAAUCCCUUAUUUGUAAAGGGAUUGUUUUUUUUUAUUUUCCUUUUUAUGCUUUUCUUUUGUCUGUUUUACUCAUGAAUUUUCUUAUACUGAAUCAUUGCUUUUUUUUUAAUUUUUCUACUUAUGUCAGAAAAAUGUUGAUUGGACAGAGAACAUGAAUUGUCAAGACCAAAAUGUAACUCGCCGCAAGAUGUGAUGUUAGGAUUGAAUCCGUCACAUCCUGGUGUGGAGCGAUGCCUCGAUUGUCCCCCUUUACACUGCUGUUUGUUUGUUCCUUUUUGCUCUGUCAAUGUCUGGCAUGCUGUCUCUAGAGUGAAAGGAGCAUCCCUCCAACACACACACACAGACACACACACAUCCACACACACUCUCCUUGUACUAUCUACGUUAUCUUUUAUACUCUAGUGCCACUUGGUGGAAGGAAACCACCCGAGACUUCUGAGAAUGAGUCAAACUAAUUGUCAGGGUCCAAAAUAAAAAAACAAAAGAUAAAAAAAGGGUGUCCACUUUCGACACCUGUCUAAUAUGUCUGCCUUUUAUUACAGCGUAAUCAUGAAUGGCUGCACUUCCUCAUGCCCCCCUCCUCCCCUAGUUUGAGUGUAAUGUUUAAAAAGGCAACAGGGCUCUAUACUUUAGCAAUCCAGUAUUCUUAAGCACUAAUUCUGUUUAUUUUUGCCCAAUUGUAAGCAGCACAGCGACCUUAUUUUAAAGCUUGACUACCUUUUCAGCACUUCAGAGUAUGCAUGACAUUGCCCUCUCUCUAGUUCUUUAGCACUUAAUUGUGUCUAAAACUAACUCCCUCGGUUGCAUUUAGUUAGCAUCACACUGCACUGUCAACAAUCAGUUAGCUUUACGUUUGGCUGUAUUUUAUGAUUAGAAAAAGGCUCAACUAUCUUAUCUUUUGGCACUCGGUAAAAAAAUUGGUAUGUGCUGUAAAAAGCUUUUUUUUAUUACUCCAUUGUUAAGGCUGUACAGGGUUGUGACGAUAACUGGUAAAUAGAUCAUUUGUACUUUUUUGGUUUUGUAUUUGUUUUCUUUAUUUGGCAUUAUUUUAUGUUCAACUUGCCAGAUCUAAAUGUAACAGGAUUUGAAAGUAAAGCUUACAUCAGAUAUUA